AUGUCGAAUGAUCAGCAAAUCAUUGUUCCGGCAAACCAUACCGACGACUUCUCUACAGAACAGCCGCCAAAAUUCGACGCCGCCGCAUGCCUAGUACAACCGCCGCCGAACGACGAAGCCGAAAUGAUGAAUGCUGUAAUGUCGUCAAAUGACGAUGACGCCGCUGCCGCUGAUCCCGCACCGCUGAUAAAGGAUGACGCCGCUGGUCCCGCACCGCCGCCAAACAACGACGCUGGUCCCUCAUCGCCACCAAACAUUGACGUGGGCCUCGCAUCGCCUUCGAAGGAAGACGCCAUCCCCGCACCGCCGCCCAAGGAAGACGCCAUGCCCGCACCGCCGCCCAAGAAUGGCGUCAACACUGCCCGCCCCUCAUUCAAAACUCACGUGCCAAAGCGUUCAAACUUCCGAAACAAGGCGCGUCCAAGAUCUUAUAACAGACCGGGGUGUUCAAGGGAAUACGGUUCUGCUGCCACAGGCGGCAACGGCUCUAGAGUUAACAUCAAGAAAGAAAUUAAACAUGAAACUAUUGAUUUGGGCAACGAUAUAUAUUUUUAUGAUGAUAAUAAUAAACCAAUUCUAGUAAGAGGCCCCGCUAAAGUUGGUUUUGAUCGUGGACUUGCACCAGAUUUUAUUGUUGGAGCUACUGAUGUUGAUGGAAAGUUGAAGUUUUUGAUGGCAUGGAAAAAUUCAGAAAUUGCUGAUCUGCUUGACGCCCGUGAGGUUUACGAAAAAGCCCCUCAAAUAGCUAUUAAGUUUUUCGAAGCUCGUCUCAGAUAUUGUAGAGUUACAGAUUAA